AUGGGGCUCUCACGACGAGCGGAAUCCUUGCAACUGGACUCGACACUAACCCAAUUGACUUGCAGGCUGCCCGACCCCCAGCGCAUCGCCACCUACGCUGUCUCGUCUAACCGUCAGCGCCCCUUCGCCGGUGCCUUCCACGCUGCCAUCUUCAACGUCUUCCGCCGUUUCCGCAACCAGGUCCUCUACGUCGCCCCUCCCUUCAUCAUUGCCUACGCUGCUAUGAACUGGGCCGUUGAGCGCAACGAGUACCUUAACUCCAAGCCCGGCCGCAUGCUCGAGGGUGGUAGUGGUGAGGAAUAA